AACCCGGCUCCUUUUACCGACCCGACCUCUGCAUUCCAACCCAAAUCAACCGAACCUGCAACCGGAAGAGUGAAUCAGACCCGGUCUCACCCUUCGUUGAGCCUCCAGGACGUAAGUUCUGAGUGCGCAAAACCGACUUGACUUAGACGCCUCUUCGAUCCCAAGUCACCAUGGUUCGCGCUCUCUUGUCAUUGGGCGCUGCCCUCCUCGGCGCGACCACCGUGCUGGCCGUCGACCCUCCGUCGUGCUCCCUCGACAAGAAAUGCCCCAAGGAAGCACCCUGCUGCUCUCAGUACAACCAAUGCGGUGUUGGCGCCUUCUGCCUCGGCGGCUGCGACCCGCGCAUGUCCUUCUCGCUUGACUCGUGUGUGCCGGCCCCGGUAUGCGAGGACAAGGUCUACAAGAUGGAUUCCCUCGACCGGUACAAGGACAUCAGCGAGUACCUCGGCGACCCGAGCAAGGCGGACUGGGUCGGCCAGGGCGAGCCGCUCCUGUACGGCGACAACAUUCUGCUGACCAUGCCGCCCAAGUCGGUCGGCACCGUCCUGGCCACAACCACCUACAUGUGGUACGGCAAGGUCAAGGCACGGAUGAAGACGUCCCGGGGCGCCGGUGUGGUGACAGCCUUUAUUCUGUUCAGCGAUGUCAAGGACGAGAUCGACUACGAGUGGGUGGGUGUUGAUCUGGAUACCGCGCAGACCAACUACUACUUCCAGGGCAUCCCCGACUACGUCAAUGGCGGCAACAUCACUCUGGACGGCAACUCAUAUGACGAAUUCCACGACUACGAAAUUGAGUGGACCCCCGACGAGAUCAAGUGGAUCGUGGAUGGCAAGCUCGGACGCACCAAGAAAAGGUCCGAGACAUGGAACGCCACAUCCAACCAGUGGGCGUACCCGCAGACCCCGUCGCGUGUGCAGAUCUCCAUCUGGCCCGGCGGUCUCGAAACCAAUGCCAAGGGCACCGUCGACUGGGCCGGCGGGCCGAUCGACUGGAACGGCGACGAGAUCAAGGAGUUCGGCUACUACUUUGCCACCUUCGCCGAGAUCUCGGUCGAGUGCUGGAAGACGGACAGCCCGCCCGGCACCAACAAGGGCCGGUCGUACUACUACAACGACAUCGCGGCCACCAACGACACGGUCGUUGACAGCAACAAGCCCACCAUCCUCAAGAGCUUCCUCGGCACGGGCACCAACAUGAACAAGGGCGACGGCACCUCCUCCAGCGACCCCUCCGAGUCCUCCUCGGCCCACUCCAUCCCCGGCGGCGGCGCCAACCCGCCCAACCAGGUACCCGGCGGCGGAAACCCGGGCUCGGGCGCAGGCAACCACGGCGGGGAAGGGGGCGGCGACGGCGGCUCUGGCACGGGCUCCGCCCCCGGGUGUGAGGCGACCGGCUUCUCGCAGCACUGCGGCUCGCAGGGCGCGAACGAUAAUAACGCCAACAAUGGCGUCCGCGUCGUUGAUCGGACCCUGGGUGGGAGUGCGUUUGCGGUUGUUGUCGGGUUUGCGGGGUUGCUUUUGUUGUGAGGUGUGUGUGAGUUGGUGAGUUGGUGAGUGUGAGGUUGAGUGACUUCCGGGUGGAUGCAUAUGUGCAUUUUUGGAACCGGUCCAUCUACCGGUUUGAUCUGGUGAUUAUAUCUGUGUUGGGUUGAUCUGAUCCGAUCUGGCGUGCGUUCGGUCUGAUCUAU